GCUUGGGAGUCGAAUUUACUCUUUAUAUAGUAAAAUUUUACCCCCAAGCGAUGCAAUAGCCUGUAAUCUAUAAAAACUUCUAAUACCGGGUGUUUGCGGAGAAACAGUCUUGAGGUAUUCAAUGUAUUUAAUGAUAUCUUCUGAAUUCUGAAUUAUUACGCGCAUUAAUUGAAUUGUUGAUAGCAUUAAUUAUUCUUCUGAUUGAUGAUAUCAGCAAUUGAAUUGUUGCUCUCUUUAAAUAAAUUGAUAAUAUCAACCAUUGAAUUGAUGCGCGCUAUAAUUCAAUUGAAGAGAGCAAUAAUUCAAUCAAUGCGCAGAUUAAUUCAAUUAAUGAAUUAAAUAUAUCUCCAAUUGAAUUAAAGAAAUCAUAAAAUCAUUAUAAAUACCGAAUUCCAAAUGAAAUUUCGCGAGCAACAAUUCCACCACAUUGAUGCGCGCAUCAAUCUAAUUGAUGAGAACAACUAUUCAUUUGAUUCGUGCAUCAAUUAAUUUAUUGCCCAUAAUAAUUCAAUCGAUGCGCACAUCAAAUCAAGUACUACGGCAUUUAAAAAAAAAAAAACCAUACCUUUAAAAGAUAAUAAUUUGAGCCGGAGUCCGUUUCACAAUUUAAGGUCUCGGUGUCAAGACCGAACAGUUUGGUCAAUUUGGGUAAAAUUUGCAAAAAUUAUGAUCACCUGAGAUUUACCACAAAUUACGUCAAUCAUGAAUUAUGUUCAUUCACUUGGACUACGUGCUAAUAAUGAUAAACACACAUAGGGUUUUCUUGUAUUGUUUUAUUUUGUUUAAAGUUUAUGAUGGAUAAAGAACUGAUCACUAGCAUAACGCCUUGUUAUUGUUGCCAAAGUAAAGCCAUAAUCAUUCUGACUGUUACGACCUGAGCACCAUCCAUAGAUCUAAAUUUGUGACACUUCAUCUACAGGCCAGGUGGUGACGUGUCAAUUUGAGUGGGGAAAAAAAUAUCAAAGAAUAAACAGACGACCCCCCCCCCCCCCCAAAAAAAAACAUUAAAAAGAAAGAAAAAAACAUAAAGCAAAAUUAAACACAAAAUAAACUUUAAAACACUGUACAUUUGAUUCAUCCCAGGGUGAAAUUAAAUCAUAUAGUUUAUCUUUUUAUCAUGAAAAACAUUUCCUGCAUUUAGAAUGAACGUUCAUGCCGAUGAUGGUUUCUCAUGAUACGAAUAUAUUUGAGAGAGAGUUAAUAAAUAGUAAAGCGCCAUCUGUUGAAAAUAUUUGAUAUAAUUAAAGUAGAGUGAUAGUUCCUGAUAGCAUCAUCAACAUGAAAUGAGAACGUUUUAUUUUCCAUUGUUUGUAACUAAGAGUUUAUAUCAGAAUGUUGCAGUACUUCGUAUAACAUGAUAUCAUACAACUAGGGCCCUUAUCUAACACUUGGCGAUCAGUCAAGAAGGUAUUGAGUGUGAUUAUUCAAAGAUUUUAAACAUGACCUCGCGGGACAAUCGUCCUACAAGUGCACAGUCACGCACGGCUUGGGAAGACAUGGAUUCUGGUUACGGUAGACCGGACAAUCAGUUUGAGUUUGGGCCAAGAGACGAUCCAGAUUUACCAGUGGCUAUGGAAAACGACAUCUACAUGGACCGUGACAAGGGAAAAAACGAUCAGGUGGCUACCACCAAACCCGCUGAAAAGCAGGGAUGCUUCACCAAAUUCAGGAAGGGUGUCCGAUCUCUGUGGGCCACCAGACAGACCGAAGAAACCAAGGGAAACCGAGAGCUGCAUGUGAAGACCACUCUGAGAGAACUCAUCAUCUAUCUGGUGUUCCUCAUCAUUUUAUGUGUUGUGACCUUUGGAAUGACUUCAACCACCAUGUACUACUACACCAAAGUGAUGAGUGACCUGUUCCUGGAUACCACUCAUGAAUCUGGUGGUACCUUUAGGACCAUCACCAAUGUUGAUGACUUCUGGAAAUUUGCACGUGGUCCCUUGGUGAAAGGUCUACACUGGGAGACAUGGUACAAUAAUCAACCACUACCUGCCUCAGAACAAGGAUACAUCUACUACGAGAACAAGCUGCUGGGACUUCCUCGUCUGAGGCAACUCAAAGUCAGCUCCAAUUCCUGCGUGGUCCAUGAAAACUUCCGAGAUGUCAUCCGGGAAUGUUAUGACUCCUAUUCCUCAAACCUUGAGGACAAGACAUCAAAAAUAAAUGCUGACAACUAUACUGCUUUCCUGUACAAGACAGAAGAUGAGCUCGAUGGAAGCAGCCAUGAGGCAACUAUCACAACCUACAGUGGAGCUGGAUAUGUUCAGAAUCUUGGGAAAACACAGAAUGAAUCUCUUGAAAUCAUAAGUUACCUAUUUCAAAAUCUUUGGAUAACUAGGGGGACUAGAGUGGUGUUUGUUGAUUUCACUGUGUACAAUGCCAACAUCAACUUGUUCUGUGCGAUUCGUCUGAUUGUGGAGUUCCCAGCCACAGGGGGAGCUAUUCCAUCCUGGGAAUUCCGUACUGUGAAACUCAUUCGAUAUGUUACCAUCAAGGAUUUCUUCAUCAUGGCUUGUGAAUUCAUCUUUGUUCUCUUUAUCGUGUAUUACAUUGUGGAGGAAGCCCUUGAGAUCAAGAAGCACAAGCUGUCCUACUUCAAGAGUCUGUGGAAUAUUCUAGAUCUGACAGUCAUCAUUAUUGCCUUGCUCUGUAUAGCGUUUGAUAUAUAUCGGACAGUUGAAGUGGACAACAAACUCAGUGAACUGAUUAGUCAUCCAGACCAGUAUGCAGACUUUGAAUUCUUGAGUUUCUGGCAAACAAGAUUUGAUAAUGCUAUUGCCAUUGCUGUCUUCUUUGCCUGGGUGAAGAUUUUCAAGUACAUCAGCUUCAACAAGACAAUGACUCAGCUGUCCUCCACCCUUGGCCGCUGUGCAAAGGAUCUGCUGGGUUUCGCCGUCAUGUUCUUCAUCAUUUUCUUGGCUUUCACUCAGCUUGGAUACCUGUUGUUUGGAACGCAAGUCAAGGACUUCAGCAACUUUCCCAACUCCUUCUUCACCCUGUUCCGUAUCAUUCUUGGAGACUUUGACUUCCACCAGCUAGAGGCUGCCAACCGCUACCUUGGUCCCAUCUUCUUCAUGUUGUUCGUCUUCUUUGUCUUCUUCGUGCUGAUCAACAUGUUCCUGGCCAUCAUCAAUGACACAUACUCUGAGGUGAAGGGUGACAUGGCUAACCAGAAGAAUGAGUUUGAAAUGACAGACUACUUCAAGAGAGGAUACCAAAAGAUGGUGGACAAACUGAACCUGAAACGUGACAAGAUCCAGGACAUUCAUGAGACCCUUAAACAUGCUGACAUCAAUGGUGACAACAAACUUGACUUUGAUGAAUGGCGACAGGAUCUCAAAACUCGUGGUUAUGCUGAUGGUGAAAUUGAGGCUCUGUUUGCGAAGUAUGACAUUGAUGGUGACCGUGUAUUGGACAAGGAUGAACAAAUCAGAAUGCAAGAAGAUCUCAAUACCCAGAAGGCUGCUCUCAACAAGGAAUAUGAUGAAUUGGAGAAAAGUGGAAACAGACCGGCAACAGCUCGCAGAGCCAGCAGUAGACUCAGUGAGAAUGACGACAGUGCCGAUGAAAGCUCAGAGAUUGAUGAAAACGGGUCCAAAUCUACCAGGUCUGGCCGGGGCUCUAACGGUGUGUCGUAUGAGGAAUUCACAGUCCUAUCACGGAGGGUGGAUAGAAUGGAACAUUCGAUUGGCAGCAUAGUCUCCAAAAUUGAUGCAGUUUUAGUUAAAUUAGAAGCGAUGGAGAAAGCAAAGCUCAAACGCAGAGAAACAAUGGGCAAAAUAUUAGACAGCAUUACAGAGACGGAUGGCAGUAAUAGUGAUGAAAUGAAAAGAGAGCAGAUGGAAAAGUUAGUCAGAGAAGAGUUAGAGCGAUGGGAUUCAGAAACCUCAAUUUCACCCAGUGGACGGGGUGCUUCUCCCAGUAGUGGGAGUAGUGCUCGAGGGGUAAGGGCACGGUCUCGCCCCGGCUCAGGACAACACGGGGAUUAUUAUGAAGCUCGGGGAUACCAUGUGUAAGGAAGGAAGACAAUGACAUUUUACUCUAUCAUUCCUGCCAUAGAACUGAAUCUCGCACUGUCCUAGACGUUGUGUGCCUGUAGGUACAGCUAUAGCCUCAUCACUUCUUAAUGGGAUAACUCUCUGCCAGGAUAUGAAGAAAGAUACCAAACAUCAUAAGCCACAAGAAGACUUGUUGUGUUUUUCUAAUUUUGUUAUUCGACUGUGAUAGAAUUUAUUUUAUGAUCUAUAAGUGCUGAAAUUUGUAUUUUGAAUAAUGACAGAGAUUACAUUGAUGUAAGGUUUUGUUUCAAAUUAUGCUUGUAUACUAAAACAGCUCAGAAAGACCCAAGGGCUAACUGAAACAUCAAGAAAAGCAGUACCACACCCAUAACUAAGACCAACAUCCCCCAAAACCUCACAUCACUGGGAAUUUGUCAUUGUCAAAUUUUUAAGGCUAUAGGCAUUUUCUACAAACGUCCUGUCUGGGACCAAUAGUCAUUAUGCAACUGAUCAACUGCUGAUUGCAUUCAAUUGUGAUACAUCUGUAAUUUUUAUUCAAUAUACACUGUUUUGUUAUGCUUUAUAUAUUAAGAAAGUUUCUUAACUUGUACAUGAAAUUCUGAUAUUUUCAUUAAGAAUUAAGAACCGUCCAACAAAGCGUCCAUUUUGAUGCCUCUGUGUUUUACAAACAGUUAGCUAUCCCAUUGUGAACUGCGUAUUUUAUAAUAGUUGUUAUUAUCAUUGUGAUGUGUUAAUCUAGUCUUUAUGUCAGAUUUGAAUCAAGAUGUAAAUUUUUGCUGAUUUUACAGUUUAUACCAACUAAUGAAGAACCAUAAAAACUUAGAACUGUUUAUGUUAGCAUUUCCACAGAGCUUGACGUACUAAACCUUGCAAUACAACCAAUGCUGAAUUCAGUCGCAAUACUACCUGUAACAUGUUUAUCAAAUGUUUAUUGUGUCAUUCUCAACAAUUCAUGAGUUUUCAUGAAGCUUUAUCCAAGUCUCAUCAGAAAUCCGUCCAUGUUUGAUGUUUGUAGCCUCCGAGUCUUACAAAAUCCCACUUCAAAUAUUUUCUAAAUUUACUCAAAACCAUCAUACCAUAUGUGUAAAAGUGCGUGGUGAUAUGCACUAUCUUAUAACACAGAAGAGUGUAGCAGAUUUUUUGAAAAAGGAAAUUCAUACAUAUACAUGUAUCUAUGGAAAACAUUGUUUGUAAGUCUGGAAUUGGUUGAAUACAUGUACAAGAAAAAUACAGAAUUUUUAGAUAAGGAUUCUUGUAAAGAGUCCGAGGUUACUAACACGGUUGUAACACUGUUGUGUCGGACACUUAACUCUGUGGUAGCUGUUUUUAACAUUAUGAAACAAAUAUAAUUCACUGCAUUUG